UAUUAAUUUCUGAUAAUUAUAGUCUCGAAUCUUGAUUAAUAUAUUAUUAUUAUGUUUAGUGUUUACAGAGAUCCGGUCAAAUAAUUUUAUUAUAUUGACUUUAAGACCCCUCUCGAUUAUUUUGUUUUUAUCGUAAUAAUUGUUCAGAACGGGUUUUUGAUGCGAGUUCUACUUACACAUUUACACAGUGUUUGAAAUCAUUUUGUGUGAUAUUAUCUAUUUACCUUUAGAUUUAUUCUACAAAUUAACAUAAGUUGUUAUUUUGUUUUUUUGAAAUGGCCAAUCAACCAUAUGACGACAUUGAACAGACCGCUGAAAAGGAAUUAGAUGCAUUAAUAGUUGCUAGUCAAAUGGAGUCAAACUUUGAUAUAGAUAAAAUACUAAACGAUAAGGCAAAGAAGAGAAAGUUAACUAAAACAAACGUCAAAAAUCUUAUCAAGAAUGUAAUUACAAAUGUUGAUGUAGCUACAAUGUUGCGACAAACUUUGGAUGACAAUAUAGAUGCAAAUUGUUUAUAUGAACCAAAAUUUACAAGAGCAAAAAUAAGAGAAAUGUUAAAUACUUACCCAACUUUUGCUCCUCAAUUGUCUAUAAAUCAGCAACAAUCAAUUUUAUCAGAGUGUUCAUCAUUAAUUGAAAAAGAAUUUCCUGAUGAUUCUGAAGAUGAAGAGUAUCAUCCAGAUGACAAAAUGUUUGAGGAAGAAGAAGAUGAAUAUGACGAUGAUGAAUUUAAAUCAAAAGAAGUUAAUAAAUCAUUUGAUACAGAAAAUGAUCCAGAUAUUAGUGAUAAUAAAACUGUUGUUGAUAAUUUAAAGGAAACAAUUGGAAUGCGUACAAGGUCAAAGUUUCCUUUAAAUGAUACUCCAUUAGAAAUUAUUGAACAAGCUUUUAUACCACCUGAUAUUACUGAGGAUAUGUAUGAUUCAGCUUGUGAAAACGAUGAAUGGAUGGAGUUUCUCAGUGAAUUCACCAAGCCUUUAGAAUCUGUUCAAAAUGAUGAUGGUGAAGAUGACCCUGAGUAUAAUGUUCUUGGUGAUGAUGAUUUUACUAAUGUCGAUAAAGAAGAAUUUCGUAUUGAUAAAUCUGUUAAGGUCACUCGUAAAGAGUAUAAUGAUUUAAUGAAUGAAUUGAAUGAAUUUACUGAAAGCUUCCUUGAAUUCAAUGGUGUAGAAACAUUUGAAACUAAUACUGAUAUAAAAAAAACUGAAAAUGAUAAAAAUACCGUUAAACCUAAAAAUGAAACUCAAAUCAUUCCUGCUUACACUUGUGUUCAAAAUAACUAUUGUGAUGGAAAAUCAAUUGCUAAUUCUUCUUUAAAUAACAAAAAUUUAGUUAAACGUACAAAUUGUAUAUCUAAUCCAGUGUUCAUUUUGAGUUGUUCUAAUGGAAAAUCGAGUACCAAUGGCUCUACAAAUAAUUAUGUAGAACCAAUAGAAGUGGCCAGAUAUAACACUCAUAAAGAUAAGAAAUUUAGUGUUUCAGAAUUUAAUAAAAGUCUACUUAAGAUUAAUGAGCAUCUUGAAAAGUCUAGCUCUAUACUUCCUUUACCGACAUUUAAAGAGAAUUUUCAGUUAGGCAUUGAACAGUAUAAUAAUAGUAAUAAAGAUGUUUCUCAAGAUGUAAAUAUAAAAAGUCAAGUAAAUAUAAUGACACAAAAACAAAUUAUUUUAUUCAAACAACAACUCACACAACAUGUUCAAUUAAUAACUCAAAAUUACUUGUUAUGCACACUGUCAAAAAAGUUCCAAAAUAAUUGUAGAAAAUAUAAAAUUAUGUUGGAACUAUUAAAAAAUGUCUGUAAAGAUAAAAAGUAUGCACCAAUUAACAUAAAUUUCUCAUUAAACUUUAUACAAGAUUGGACUGAAUUUAAAACUAGUGAGAAUGAUAUUAACAGUGACUAUGUUGUACUACCAUUAUAUGUGAAAGGGUAUAUGCUAUAUUACGAUAAACCUGUGUUUAUCUAUCCUCAAUUGUUACCGACAAGAACUUACCAUCAUGAAUAUAAAAGUUAUCCUAUAGGACCUUCAGAAGAAAAGCUUCUGGUAUUAAAAAUAGAUUAUAUUUAUAAGAAUUUGAAAGAGAGUACUAACACUCGAGCAAAAUAUAAAAAUAAGAAUUUAUCUGAUUUAAUGCCAAUGAUAUUAAAAACUGUACAUAAAAGAUGGUUUUCAAACAGAACCUUGAGAUAUCUGAAACAGUUUGUAACGAAACAGAAAAAUUCAUUUGAAAUGAAUGUUAUGAAGAAUUAUUUAACAUACGGUGAAAUUGAAGAAUGUUCUUAUGUAAUUGACAUUAAAGCUCUCUUUAAAGGAAACCGUUUAUACGAGUGUGAUAUUCGAAAGUUUCCAUCAAGUUGGAAGUCAAUCAAAAAUCAAUUUUAAAGUUAAAAAAUAGUAUUUAUUUUUUAUUUUUUGAUUAUCAGU